AUGAAUGAUUCCUCCAGUCAAGCCUACAAGAAGGCUCGUAGGCAAUAUCUGAAGACUACAAGAAACAGAGAUCCCAAUAUUGACAAAGCUUGGACUCCAUUCCGUGCGGCAGAAAAACAUUUCAAAGCUCGUUUCCCUCCGCCAGAUUUCGCCAAAGUUCUUGACCUCGCCACACUAGACGCGAGUAGAGCCCCCGAAGUGGCAGCGGGAAUUUGGGCGGGAAAGUCAGAUGCGGUGGAAACAAGAACGUUCGUGACAAAAUCUGGGAUUAAAGGGUAUGAUUUUCCCAGUAUGCCAGGACUGAUAUUGCUACCUGGUUUACUGUCGCCCGAGAAGCAGAGAGAGCUGAUACGAUGGUCUCUUGUGGAGCACUCACGUCAACCCAACGAAACAAACCUUGAUAUCCAUUACCGUCUUCCUAGCGAAGGAAUAUGGAAUGCAUAUGUGCGAGAUGGGAGCGCCAUGGUCCAUCCACGUCCGAUCGAAGCAAACACAGAUUAUAUUAAACAGGAUUCUGGUCCCAGAAAACUCAUUGAUAACAUCCCAGCCGAUACAACUAAUUUCGAAUGCCUGAGUAAUGUAUCCAAACCUCUGGCGCCUCCAUCAUCGACAAUCCAACCUGCCACUUGUUCCGACUUGCUGCCACGCCUUCGGUGGGCAAACAUAGGCUGGUUUUAUCAUUGGGGAACAAAACAAUAUGAUUUUUCGAAAGGCAAAAUACCAGUCCACGAUACUAUUCGGAAAAUUUGUAAAGACGCCGUACAAUCGGUCGACUGGAAGGAGAUUUUUUCGUCGACUAAUUUUGAUUGGGGCCCUAAUGGACCGGACUGGAUGGACUGGCAGGAAAACUAUGAACCCGAUGCGGGGAUCGUCAAUUUCUACCAAACAAAAGACACCUUGAUGGCACAUGUAGAUCGCUCUGAGGUCUGCGCUACCUCUCCUCUCGUUUCCAUCUCACUCGGCCAUGCGGCCGUGUUCCUUAUAGGUGGUCUGACUCGGGAAACCGAGCCGAUUCCAAUCCUCCUCCGCUCGGGCGACGUGGUGAUAAUGUCUGGGCCAGCAUGUCGGAGAGCAUACCAUGGUGUCCCGCGCAUACUCGAAAAUACACUUCCGCCCCACAUGGCAGACGUGGUAGAUGAUCCCGAGUGGUCCACCUAUAAAAAUUACAUGGAUUCGACUAGGAUAAACAUCAAUGUCAGACAGGUGUUUCCGAAAGACUUUGAUCCUGUCUUCUAG